GUGGAGCACUUUAUAUCACUUAUAAAGUGAACCCGGAUGCUCCCAUGAUAUUUAGCAACAUAAUAGCUAUAAAAGUUAUCUAGUAAAUAAUUUUCUAAAAGACAAAGUGUAGUACAAACUGCCACCACGCCCUCCCUCUGUCUGUGUGUUACAUAACACGCCUCCAUGCAGGACGCACCCGGACACAUAUCUGAGUAGGAAACUUCACUGUGGUCUGCUUUAGUCGCUGUGUUUUCAUCUGCUGUCAACCUCGUUCACUAACUGCAUCUUUAAGUUUGCCAGGAUGGUUGUGCUGUCCAAAGAGUAUGGAUAUGUGGUGCUUACUGGUGUUGCCAGUAUGGUGAUGGUUACACAUCUGGCCAUAAACGUUGGCAAAGCCCGCAAGAAGUACAAUGUACAGUAUCCUCAGAUGUACAGUGACGACCCAGAGAAUGGAAACAUUUUCAACUGCAUCCAGCGUGCACACCAAAACACCCUGGAGAUCUACCCCGCCUUUCUUUUCUGCCUGGCAGUUGGUGGUGUGCAUUGUCCCCGUCUCGCCAGUGGACUUGGAGCUGUAUGGAUUAUAGGCAGAGAGGUGUACGCACAUGGGUACUCAACAGGAGAUCCUUCAAAAAGAAUGCGUGGAGCGUUUGGGAACGUGGCUAUGCUCGGGUUGAUGCUGACCACGGUCAGCUUCGGCCGCACCCUGCUCGGCUGGACGAGACCGAGGUUCGGCCCCUUCCGUCACGUUGACUCUUGCUAAAGAGGACAAAUUCUUCAUCGCCUUAUAAUCAAAUCCACUCGACAUAACCCAUAUACCUUGUAACGUCUGACCAAUUUAACAAUCAAAGUCAUGUUGUCAAGUGACCCGACCGGUUCUCUCAAGGGAGGGAGCUUCAUCAUUUAGGAUAAUGGAUGGGGUGUAGUCACUGGUCGGCACUCCCACAACAUGCAAGAUCUGACAGUUUGUCUCGACGGCGUCUUCACCUGCAGCCUGAUUUAGAGAUUUGUAACUAGCUGCCCACAUGACAUGAAUGAUCUUUUAUAUUUUUUUGCAUUAGACAAAUGAAGAAGAAGCUGUAAUAAAAUAGGGACAUUUCGAAGGGAAUUUGACCAUACGUGUUUGAUGGACUUUAUAACAAAAUAUCACUACAUCAUGUUGCUGAAAAAGUCAGAUUUUGCACUUUAAUGAAUAACUGAAUAAUGGUUGAUCAAAAGUAUUGUAUGUCUUGUACUCGAAACAGGGUUUGACUGGUCAUACUGAUGAUAAUAAAUAUUAUACAUUGGUUAUAAA